AUGGAGAUAAAGGAAUACCAACUGAACACAUACAAAACGGGACUUUUUAGUCCCCUCUGCAAGCAGGAUCAGCUGAAGAAGUUACAAGCUAGGUUCUCCAAAGUUGUGAGCAAGUUCAGGGCUCCUUGGGGUGCAGUGGAGAGAGUUGGAGAACUAAGACUUUUAAGGGCUGGCACAAAAUGGUUUGCCAUAAGCAGGGAGAAGUGUCUCCUUCCUCUCCAACUAGCUCUGGAAUCAAAGAGCAUGAAGCUGGCCCAACAGGCUCUAGCAGGGAUGCAGAAGCUGCUGUCUGAUGAGAGGUUUGUAUCCGUAGAAACAGACUCAGAUGAGAAACAGUUGCUUAAUCAGAUGCUGAAUGCCGUCAAAGUGACUCCUUCGCUCAACGAAGACCUGCAGGUUGAAGUGAUGAAGGUAUUGCUCUGUAUAACAUACACCUCCACAUUUGAGCUGAAUGGGAGUUCAGUGUUGAAGAUUGCUGAGGUUUGCAUUGAGACAUAUGUAUCUAGCUGUCACCAGCGGAGCAUUAACACCGCUGUGCGGGCAACCCUCAGCCAAAUGUUGAGUGACUUGACUUUACAGUUACGACAAAAGCAAGAAAACAUGACCAUUGACAACCAUGACACCUCACAGAAAUUCAAGAGUCAAGGUGCUUCAACUGAGUCUCUUUGUGAUGAUGUUGUAUCUGUCCUCACUGUGCUCUGUGAGAAGCUCCAGGCUGUCAUAAA